UAGGAAACGCUUGGAGUUGUACAUACUCGGUGUCCAUUUGUCGAGGCAACUUUGGCUUUUUUAGGGCAGCUUCUGAGUCCUGCAGCUGGAUGAAGUCUGAACUGGAGUAGCUUGUCGAUCAAGCACAUAUUUCCAUUUGAUUGUGUCGGGAAGGGUACCGGUACCGGGUGCUUUGUUGAUGGGGAUAGGUGAUCGAAACCUUGUGUUGCAGCAAUUGUUGAGCCUCACACCCUCUGCUUUGUCUUGUGUUGGUCCCCGAAGCACCACGUAUUGUCGAGCAUAUUCAGGAUGUCGGUCAGCAAUCACGAGAACAGAAAAUCUCGAUCAAGUUCUGGAUCCAUGAAUAUACAGCUGUUUCACAAACUAGGUCAUGCAGAAAGCCUUCUGACUCAACUUAACCUGUUGAGAAAAAGAAAGCUCUUUACAGAUGUAGUUUUAAGAGCUGGGAAUGAGAUGUUCCACUGUCAUCGUGCAGUGCUAGCCUCCUGUAGUCGUUACUUUGAAGCUAUGUUCACUGGAGGACUGAAGGAGAGUAGAGAUGCAGAAGUCGACUUUAAAGAGGCACUUCAUCCAGAGGUCCUAGAAUUACUCUUGGAUUAUGCUUACUCUGCUCGAAUUAUCAUUAAUGAAGAAAACGCAGAGUCUCUCCUCGAAGCAGGGGAUAUGCUACAGUUUCAUGACAUCAGAGACUCCUCUGCUGAGUUCCUGGAGAAGAACCUCCAUCCAAUGAACUGCAUAGGAAUGAUGCUUCUGUCAGAUGCUCACCGUUGUGAAAGGCUCUUUGAGUUGUCAUGGAGAAUGUGUCUUGCCAAUUUUGCUACAGUAUGUAAAACAGACGAUUUUCUGAACCUUCCAAAAGACAAACUGCUUGAGCUGAUUUUAAGUGAAGAGCUAGAAGUAGAGGAUGAAAGCGUUGUAUAUGAAGCUGUUAUUAAUUGGGUGAGGUACAAUUUACAGAAACGACAUGAUGACCUUCCUGAUCUGCUACGUUGUGUUCGUUUGGCUUUGCUGUCAGAGUCUUACUUGAAGACAAAUGUGAGACUGGAAAAGCUGGUCAUGAGUCAUAAGCUAGGAAGGGAAGUCGUUGAAGAUGCUGUUCGCAGUAAGAUGAAACUCCUGCAGAACGACGGACUGGUCACUGGAUUCUGUGCAAGACCUCGCAAAAUUAGCCAGGCCUUACUGCUACUGGGAGGUCAGACUUUCAUGUGUGAUAAAGUGUAUGCAAUUGACCACAAGACAAAAGAGAUCAUUCCUAAAACAGAUAUACCAAGCCCCAGAAAGGAAUGCAGUGCAUGUGCUAUCGGUUGCAAAGUGUACGUUACUGGUGGCAGAGGUUCAGAAAAUGGUGCAUCAAAAGACGUAUGGGUUUAUGACACCCUGCAUGAUGAGUGGUCGAAGGCUGCUGCAAUGUUAGUAGCCAGGUUUGGCCAUGGCUCAGCAGAACUUGAACAAUACCUGUAUGUUGUUGGUGGACAUACAGCAAUGACGGGCUCUUUUCCAGCCUCUCCAUCAGUGUCUCUCAAGCAGGUAGAGCAGUAUGACCCCCAUCUGAAUAAAUGGACUCUGGUUGCUCCUCUGCGGGAAGGAGUAAGUAAUGCAGCAGUAGUUGGAGCCAGAAUGAAGUUGUUUGUGUUUGGUGGUACAAGUGUACACAAAGAUAAAUUGCCGAAAGUACAGUGUUUUGAUCAUUGUGAGAACCGAUGGACUGUUCCUACCAAGUGCCCCCAGCCGUGGAGAUAUACAGCUGCAGCUCUUGUGGGAAACCAUAUCAUUGUCAUUGGUGGGGACACUGAAUUUUCUGCAAGUUCAGCUUUCCGUUUUAAUUGUGAAACAUACCAGUGGUCUAAGUUUGGAGACGUGACAGCCAAGCGAAUCAGUUGUCAUGCUGUGGCAUCUGGGAACAGACUGUAUGUUGUGGGGGGCUAUGGGGCCCAAUGCUGUAAAACCUUAGACUGCUAUGAUCCUUCCUGUGAUACUUGGAGUAGUGUGACAACCGUUCCAUAUUCUCUUAUUCCUACAGCCUUCGUAAGCUCAUGGAAGUACCUUUCUGCAUAAAGUACUUGCAUCUAAGCUUCCUCGCUUAAUUCUGACUUCUGCGCUGUGGAUUUGGCAUAACUAAAGUCUGCUUCAAAUGCUGCUGUUAACAUAGAACCUUAAGAGCCUGGUCAGUAGUGAUUCCGUGGAGUCCAUUGUCCUCGUGGACACUGACCGAAUAUUCAUUGGAAUAUUCCAGAUAUUUCUGCAACUCUAACUGAACAAGUAGCAUUGACAGUUUUGAAAUGAGUGGAGCACAAAAUGUCCGUUUUAAUUUACUUCCAAACUACCCCACUUAGUGGCACACUAAAACGCGAAGGGCAAAGAGUAAGCUGUGCUCCACUGGAAGACAACUUCAGAGUAUGAAGUUUGCCAUUCGAGCAGUUAUAUUUCUUCUACGUGUUAAAAGUUUUCUUCAGCCAUGCAGUUCUGUUAGACUUAUUUAACGUUUGUUGACCAAACAUUUUGAUCUAUUUUGUAUAUUUUCAUAUCCGUUUAUGAUGCUGUGCAUAUUGUGUUUACUUUUGCUGUGCAAACAAGUUUGUAUUGCAUCUUUCACAGGGGAUAUAUUUUGUCAUCUUUAGUGAUGUCUUUAUAUGAAGUGCAUUGUUUUUCAGGACUUCUUUGUUAUGGAAAAAAAACCAGAAAAGAAGAAACACACCUUCAAAUCAAGUUUUUAAAGUCGCCAGGGGAAAAUAUCAAGGCGGCUGCACACUUUUGUGACCUGUAAUAUCUGCAUUGGAAGGUCUGAAAAAUGAAAGGGAAUUAUGCUAUAAUUUGUUUCCGCUCCCUACAGAAGUAACUGGCUUUUCUUCCAAUGUCUGAGCACUGGUGGAUGACAUUACAGCCAUCGCCUUGUCAUUGGGUAGUAUAGAAGACGCCAGCCAUGAGGUCCCUGUGACAGGUGUAGAGAGUUUUUGGGCACUUCCCCUAAACAGUGUAGUGUGUAUUAAACAGUUACAUUUAAAACUGUUAGCAUGUCCUUUCGUGUUUGUUAGGAGAGUAGUCCCCUUUUUUAUUCUAGCACUGGAUAUAAAAUGCCUGGGGGGGGUGAAUAAAUUAUUAGCUACUUAAAAUGUAAACAACAUUUGGGGGUGGGAGUUUACUAAGUAGGCUAAACUAACUCCCAGUUUGUUGUUAGAGUUAGUUACUCAUCCUGUGGUAAAUAACCGUUGUAAGCUGCUUUUAGAGUGCAUGUUUUUAUCAGAACAAAUUUUAUGAGCCAAAAGAAGCCUUUUCAUAGAAGACUAAUUAUUUUGUUGUCUUAUGUCACAAGAAGUAGUAAAUGAUGGCUUUCUUUAUACAUUGCCCUAAAGUUAAAUAGAAACACAUGAUGGGGUGGUAUUAUGUGAAUGAGAUGUACACACACACUCCCACACUUCUGCAAACCCUGGAAUAUCUUGAUUUAUGAACUUUUGUAAUUGUUAACCUAUCACCAUAACAAUGAUUUGUGAUGUUGUGGUACAGUAAUGUACAGUCUUUCCCGCUAAUUGUCUUCUGAUAAUGCAAUUAUGUGCGUGUAUGUUUGGGUCUCUUUCACUUACGCAAUUGUACACAUCAUCGAACACCAAAAUAUCAAGCUGAAAAUCCUGAAUAAUGGAACAUCAAAGGUGACAUUUGACUGGAACCUGUACUGCUUUAGAUCAGGGAAGUGUCCUUUCCUUAUUAUAGUGUGAUCUUGGAUUUGGUAUCUCUAAUUAGCAGGGGGUGUGAGAGGCACAGCCCCCCCCCCAUGAGAGUGUGCAGGGGGCCUUGCCCCCUCUAAAAAAAGUGUUCUCUGUUUGUCCUGCUUCAAUAUUGUGUGAUUUUACUCUCAAUGUUCUUGGUGUUCCAUUUUGUAAGCAUUUGUAGAGGUGAAAUCGAUUUGCAUAUUUCUAGUAGCUGUGUAAAAGACAGUACUUUUCCAUAUCCAGCAUAUAAUAAGAAUGUGGUUUAUAAAUUUUUUUAAAGCAGCUGACAUUUUCUCUGCAGAUGAUUCAAGAAACUGCCUGCCUGAGGAAUCCAUAAAGUUUUGUCUUAAUUUUGUAUAUUUUUAACAUUCUAUGUUAGCAGGCUGUGUGUUUUCACUCACAUAAAUAGAACCUGCGGUACGACACACCUUAUGUCUUGCUUGGUAGUGUUCAUUGGUGAGCCUAGAUUUCUGGUGAUCAGACCAGCCUGUCUUAUUCCUUGCCCUCUCUCUCUAUUCAGUGGCAAUCAUGGGGUUCUGGAGACCAGCUGGUCACAUUCUACCUCUUGUUUUUGGUAGCGGGUGGGGGGGGGUUCUGGAUUUGGUUGGGAGGCAGAGUAUAAAUUACCUAGCAGGCAUAUCUCUUCCUCCACUGGUGACUCACUUUGCUUGUUCACUAAAUGACUUGACUUCCAAGUGGAGACCAAGGGAAGAAGUGCUUUAGAUAAGAAACAAUGAGAAAUGGCAUAGGAUGCCGCCAUUUGUUCACGUUUCUCUUCCUUUGCAUGUGUGUCAUGCUUCAGCAAUUACUUUUGAGGAACAGACAAUAAAACCUAUUGUCAUUUACAGAAUUUAUAAGGAGCUUCAGGCAUGCUUCUGACCAGUGGCUGUAUCUAGCAGGUAAAUGUAUGCCACACAGUAGGGUUGGGGGGAGGGGUUGGCAGCAAAUCAACACCAUAACCAGGGGACAAUGGCAAAUAUGUAGUGUUUGUGCCAUACUUUAGGACUACUAGCCCAACAAAGGCAUGGCAUAUGAAGCAUGUGGCAGUCCAAGCAAAAGACUGGCAUUAGCACCAUGGGAAGGGAAAAACUGUACUGGAAAGGGGAGAGGGAGAGAAAGAGAAACAGACACCAAGUUCUGUGUCUGGUUAGAAACUGCCAUCUAAAACUAAUGUCUUUCGGCUUUUCCCAGUUAGGGGUCGCCACAGCGGAACUCCGGUCUGAUAAUGAUUGGCAGUGGAUUUUUACUGUGCCAAGGUA